UAACAGCCUAAUACUAAUAGCCUACUUUAUAACUGUUUGGUGUAGUAGGCCUAGACUACUAUACUAUCGUAUAUUUGGAUUUGAUGAGGCGUAUCAUACACGAAGAGGUUAUAGAUCAACGUAAUCUGAUGGUGCCCUUGAACUUCUAUUCAACUUGCCUUCAGGUUUUUUUUUUUUUUUACGUAAAGACAAGACUGGGUUUGCGCCGGAGCCCGGAUGGAACAGCAAGCUAACUCCAGGGAUCUCUUUGGUCUAAAAAGGACAAGCAGAAGAAACGACUGUGGAAAGCCAUUAGCUAGCUAGCUACAUGAUCCAAAAAGUACAUUUGGUGGACAUUUAGGGACAUUUUCGGAUAUACUUGUUCUGGACAUUGAAUCCGAGCCCACCGGACGGCGACCUGAACUGUGGAAGUGUGGCUUGGAUUGGAAUACGUAGCUAGCCACAGACAGUGGAAAAACACUUGGCUUGCAUUGGUAGCUAAACUAGCACAGCCGGCUAACUGAACAGUGAGCUAGCUAGCUAAAGAAACACGGCUUUCGAUCCAGUGACCUGCCAAGGCUCCGCGAGACUCCUAAGAAUUGCUUGAUGAAUUAUGUCUGCCACGAGCAUUGACCCUCAGAGAUCAAAAGGAGCAUCAAAAGUGCAAAAUGGUUCGCUGCAUCAGAAGGAAACUGUCCACGACAAUGACUUUGAACCAUACCUUACUAGCCAGUCAACUCAGAACAACAGCUACCAGUCCAUGACAGAUCCAUAUCUGUCCAGCUACUAUGCUCCCUCCAUUGGAUUUCCUUACCCCCUCAGCGAGGCCCCCUGGUCCACCGGCGGAGACCCCCCAAUCCCCUACCUCACCCCUUACGGACCCUUGAGCAAUGGAGACCACCACUUCAUGCCUGACACUGUGUUUGGUCAACCGGGGGGUCUCGGCAACAGCAUCUACCCCCACAGGUUUAACUUUUUUCCAGAGAACCCAACCUUUUCUGCCUGGGGCACUAGUGGCUCCCAGGGCCAGCAGACUCAGAGCUCAGCAUAUGGGGGCAGCUAUAGCUACCCUCCUAGUUCCCUGGGGGGCACCCUGGUACCUGAUGGCCAGACUGGAUUCCACAGUGAAACCCUCAACAAGGCUCCUGGCAUGAACAGCCUGGACCAGGGCAUGGUGGGCCUGAAGAUAGGUGGAGACGUCACCGGACAGGGUUCAGGGGUCAAGGCUGUUGGCUCUGUGAUAGGUGGACCGGCGGUGACGGCAGCAGGGAAUGGGGGCACGCCCAUGGGUAUGCCCCAACCUAAGCCCACCUCCUGGGCUGCUAUCGCUAGCAAGCCGGCCAAGCCCCAGCAGCUGAAAGCCAAGGUGAAGCCAGGUAUGCUCAUUCCUGGGGGAGCUCUGCCACCACCACCCAUUAAACACAACAUGGACAUUGGCACCUGGGACAACAAGGGACCUGUCGCGAAGGUGGCCACAGCCCCUUUACAGCAGCAGCAGACCCUCUUGCCCCAUGCUCAUGCCAUGCAGCCCCCCAUGCAGCAGUCCCCCAUGCAUCAGCCCCCCAUGCAGCCCCCCCCUCCCCAGUCCCUGGUGCAGCAGCAGAUGCAGCCUAUGACCUUACAGCACCAGCCUCCCCAUCACCAGCACCACCCACCCCCUCCCCAGCCCUAUCAGAACCACAGCCAGCCCCCACCCCCCCAAACCCGCUGGGUUGCCCCACGUAACCGUAACCUUGGUUACGGUCAAGGAGUGUCCAGUAUGGACAGUAGUGGAGUGAUUGGCAUGGUGGGUAGUGGGAAUGGUGGCCCUCCAGGGCCAGCAGGGUUGGGGCCCGGUGGGGAGUCUCACCCUGUGCUGGAGAAGCUGCGCGCUGCACACAGCUACAACCCCAAGGAGUUUGAGUGGAACCUGAAAAAUGGCCGUGUGUUUAUCAUCAAAAGUUACUCUGAAGAUGACAUCCACCGCUCCAUCAAGUACUCCAUCUGGUGCAGCACAGAGCACGGCAACAAGCGCCUGGAUGGAGCCUUCCGGACCAUGAACGGAAAAGGCCCCGUUUACCUACUGUACAGCGUCAACGGCAGCGGGCACUUCUGUGGCGUGGCGGAGAUGCGCUCGCCGGUGGACUACGGCACCAGUGCUGGCGUUUGGGCACAGGACAAGUGGAAGGGCAAGUUUGAUGUGGACUGGCUGUUUGUCAAGGAUGUGCCCAACAGCCAGCUACGCCACAUCCGCUUGGAGAACAAUGACAACAAGCCAGUGACCAACUCACGUGACACUCAGGAGGUCCCUCUGGAGAAGGCCAAGCAGGUGCUGAAGAUCAUCACCAGCUACAAACACACCACCUCCAUCUUUGAUGACUUCACUCAUUAUGAAAAGAGGCAAGAAGAGGAGGAGGUGGUGAGAAAGACUUAUGAGCCAGCCCCAAUACAGAGCCGGUCUCGUCUUGAUCAAGAUCGCCAGAAUCGGAGUAAACAAUAGAAAACUGCUCUACAACUUGGUCAACGGUUGUUCUGGAAUAGACAUGCUGAAAUGCAAAAUUGAUAAAGGACAGGACACAAACAAAUUGGAAACUAAUAUUGUUUUUCUAUUUAAUUUUGAUGACAAAGGCCCACUUUAAACUUCGAACCACCUCGCUCCUGGUUCCAGGCAUCAAAACUCUGUGUGCGAUAUGGUCAUCUCCACAAGUCAAAUAUUUUCAAUCGUUUUAUUAGUUUUCUUCUGGUUUUAGUUUUUUAGCUUGUCAGGUCCUCAUUUGCUACCCCCACCCUUACACUCUUAUGAUUAACAAUGUCUGUACACCCUUUUUUUUAUCUCUUUAAAACAUGCUGCUGAUAUUCAGUGACUAUUCAACUUGUGGUGGUGUGUGUUGGAGACAUGUUAAGUGCUUGUAUUGGUUAUUCUGAAUUCAGAGGAGAGAACAACACAUUACUGAACCUUGACAAACGUCUGAUAACUGUAUGUGGCCAGUUUUGUUUUGCAUUAUCAAGAGAGACUUAUACUAUACCAUUUUUGUCCAUGUGAGGGUGAUCUUGUGACUUGGAAGAGCUGAUUGUGCUAAACGUUUCUGCAAAUACCUAGAAUGGAUAAUGUGGUUGUGUCAUUAGAAAUACAUUGGGGAGGGGUGGGACAUUUUGAAAAAUGUUGUUAUUGUUCACUGUUGUGUCAACGCAAAUAUGGUAAAGAGACAUUUGGUUUUCAGAGCGGAACCUUACCUUUUCUUUCUAGCGACGGUGUCAAUGAACCUCAUAUUUGUUGUACUGUAUCUAAAGGGUGACAUAGCAAGAUUCAGGGAAAUGAUGUUGUCUGGAGAACGUGCACUCACACAGGAGGUCCCUCUCUUGUUGAAGUACUAAACAAAUUGUUUUGUGUUCAGAUUCAAUACAGACAAUAGGAUAACUUUUAAGUGUCUUUUUCUUGUUAAUUUUGAUCAUACAGUAGUUUUGUUCCUCUGGUCCCACCAUUCCAACAGGGUCUCCAUUUAAGUCAUUUGGGGACAAUGUAGCAUGUACUGCUUUUAAAAUCAAGCUAGGCCUGUCACCAUUUCUGUUCCUUGUCCUUUCUUAACAGAAUUAAAAUGUUGAUAUUUUGUCGAUAUAACCCUUCCACUUCAUCCUCAGAGACGUUAAGCUUUAAUGUAUUGGCAAUGCUAACUGAGAACGGCUCAAAUUUUAACCUUAAGAUUAAUGUUAAUGAUUUAUUGUCAAUUGUAUGAAAACCCAGAGAGUGCUCUAUAUGGUAUCUGCGUGUGACUCUUCAUUUUGGACCUGCUUGCUGUACUGUGUGUAUGUGUGUAUGCGAGUGAGAAAGACAAUAGGGUGUGUGGUUAGUAAGGAAACCAGAUUUAUAAAGGUUAUCAGAAAUGAAAUGAUUAAUGAGAAUAUAUGAAAACUAAAGUUUAAGUCACCCCUGAAAUAAAUAUGCAUUGUAUCAAAGGUCACUAUCACAUUCUUAGGUUUGAUCAUGGUCAUUAUUAAAGGUAUACUAUCUGUUA